GCCUUCGAGCCAGAGCAUGCGAUGGGCUUUGCGCGUCCACGAGGAAGAGGCCCUCCGGGGCGUGGAGGCCGUCGCGGCCCUCCACCAAAUGGGGCUGCUCCUCCACAGCGACCACUCGAGAGUCUGGCAGACGACGACGACACGCCCAAGGCCGGAUAUCUACAUACCUAUGCAGCUGCUAAGGAUCUACGACUAUUGUAUGUCGAUGGAAUGUCAGCAGGGAAGUCUUCCAUAGGCACAUUGGACUCGCAGGAUCGGAUCCUCUACAAUGAUAGCGUCGAUUCCUCCGAACGUGAAGGCCAGGGACGGGGACCGGGAGGACCACCUGGAGAACGAGACCGUGCCAUCCAAGGAUGUAAUAUUGCAAAGGAAGUUUGGGAUGAUCGUAUCGACGGUAUUCUGCGUAUGGAGGCCGGAUUUGAGAUCAUCUUGUGCAACUUUGGGCGGGAUCUAGACGUCGUCCGGAUCACGCAGGCGAAAGGAUUCGAAGAACGUGCUCAUGGCAAGUCUAGACAAAAGCCGGGUCAUCCACACAGCCCAGGUAUGAAGGCAAAGGCCGGUAGGAUGGGUCAUAAUACCUGGAUCAAAGCGAUUGCUGCACGUUAUCACAGCAUUGGCGGUCAUCGUGUCAUCGUGGAUUAUGACCACUUUGUCACGGCGUAUACCUACGCGCUUGACCUGUUCCCAGGAGAUGCCAGCCUGCCGCGCCUCAAGCAUCUUCCAACAGAGGAGCUAGAGCCUUUACGCCAGGAUCUAACCGAAAUGGUCAUGAAAUACGAUCCGCCUCGACACUCGUUCGACUGGCAGUCGAUUGCUGAUAUGAUUGUGACGCGAUACUCUGACAAUCUCCAAGUCCUAGCCGCUGGAAACUUCACCACGAUAGAGUCUCUUCGCGAGGAACUCGAAAACAUACUCGCCCCGUUUAUCGACUACAGCGACUACAACGCAGGCAGCAGCGCUGAUAUUACGGACCGCUGCGCGGGACAAUUCAUCCCGCACGACGCGCCCAACAACACCGUCGCUCGCCAGGCCGUUGAAACAAUUUCCCACAAGAUCUGCUCUACCCUAACGACUGCCCUGCUGGAUACCACGAUUGACUUGAAAACAGCCAUCAACAGCUUUCAAGAACUAAUCGACUACCUUUCCUGGUCGACCUGGAAAGAAUGCCGGGGAUGCGCGUACGACGAGCUCUGCAUGAUUCCCAUGUGGCCGAUGGGGACCGUCGAGGACUAUGAGCACCCUCGCUGCAAGGAUCCCGACGAGCCAGGCUCGCAGGGGAAGAAUUACUGGGGAGGUUUUGGACGUCCUCCUCCAGACCAUGGGCAUGGGUAUGAUGAGCUGUAAGGCUGGUGGAGCGUAGUUAAGGUGUUAUGCCUUCCAGGAUCCCUUUCUUUUCUUUUCUUUUCUUUCUCCCUUUCUGUUUCUACUUCUAUCUCUUUCCUGUGUAUAAAUUGAAGUCUGUCAUUUUUACCUCGAUAUCCCACUAGCAUUAGACACUGCCUAUCCAGAAAGGACUCGACUGUCUGGAAAACCGAUCCAUCACACAUCACAGGUUGAGAGCUAAGUUGAUACUCCAUUAAACCAAAGAAUCAAUAUACCCAAUAUGUAGCAGAACAGAUCCAAAUAAUCACAUUCUCAAUAAGC